GCAGAGUGGGAAAGAAGUGAGAGAACAAUUGAACCUCAUCAAAAUAAUUUGAUCCGAGAGUCAACCAAUCGAUUGCGAAUUCCCACCGCAUCGCAAUCAACUUCCUCAGAGGGCUCAGGAUACGCCUUUACCUUCUAAUUCUUCCAAGAUGCUUUCGAGGGCGGCAAGACCGGCUCUGAGAGCUGGAGCUGCGGCUAUUCCUGCUCGUACCGCCAACAAUGGAGCUGCUGCUGGCUAUGCUACCCUGCGAGAAAUCGAAGGCCGUUUAAAAUCUAUCCGCAACAUCGAGAAGAUCACCAAAACCAUGAAGAUCGUGGCCUCCACCAAGUUGACCCGCGCCACACGCGCCAUGAACGACUCCCGGAAGUACGGCCAGACUUCGAACGAAGUCUUCGAGUCCGCCGAGACCAAGCCCCUCGAAGGUGAGGGCAAGAAAGUCCUGUACAUCGUCUGCAGCUCCGACAAGGGUCUUUGCGGUGGUAUUCACUCCGGUCUUUCUCGUUACAUGCGCCGAAACGUCUUGCUUUCCGACAAGCAGCCUGCCGACCUCAUCCUCAUUGGUGAGAAGUCGAGGGCUCAGCUGAGUCGUACGAACGCUAAGGACAUCGUCCUCAGCUUCUCUGGCAUCGGAAAGGACGUCCCCACCUUCGCCGAUGCCCAGGCCAUCGCCGAUCAGGUUACGCAGCUUCCUACGGACUACUCCGACAUCAAGAUCGUGUACAACAAGUUCAUCAACGCCACCAGCUACGAGCCCGCUAUCGUCGAGGCCUUCUCCGAGGAAGCUUUUGCUAACUCUCCCAACUUCUCCGCUUUCGAGGUUGAGGAGGGCGAGUUGCUCUCUAACCUACGAGAAUACGCCUUGGCUAACUCUCUCUUCUGGGCCCUCGCCGAGGGUCACGCUUGCGAGAUCUCUGCCCGACAACAGGCUAUGGAUAACGCCUCCAAGAACGCUGGUGAAAUGAUCAGCAAAUACCAGAUUCUCUUCAACCGUACCCGUCAAGCCGUCAUUACCGGAGAGUUGGUCGAAAUUAUUACCGGUGCCACCGCUUCGGAGGACAUGUAAAGUGGUUGAUAGAAGAAUAGAUGGGGUAGUGAAUGGUGAAUAAUCCAAUCGCAUCCCUUCCCUUUGUAUCAAAGUACCCCAAGCAAGACCUCGGCGUUGCUGCCUUGGAUGUAUCAAUUCCUCAAUAAACAAGUUCCUCAGCCCUGCUUUACCCCCUUUACUUGUGAUUCACCUGUCACUGCUGUUGAUUGAGAGUGUUGAUCUACGUUUGUGACCACGUAACAUUCGGUCUUCAUUGCAUUGACUAUCAACAUUUACUGGGCUGAAUGUUUAUCUGAACUGGGCGUGAGUCACGGCGUUGCCCAUCAAGUUGUUCAUUACCACUCUCUUCAGACAUCUCUACAGGCGUAUGGCUCGUGUUACAGAUAACCCGCCUGCGUCAGUACAGAACGGGUGUAUUAGAGUCAUUACUUACUAGAUGAGCUUGAUUCAUCAUGGAUGGAUAUAUGGUAGCUUUGCUCCCUAUACCAUUUAGCAAUUGUGACUAUCAUCGAGUGUUUGAGUCUAGAACACACCUACCUGUCUACAAGCAAAUACUAUACUCUUUCACCUACAACUGUAUACAAUAGUUUACCAAUCGCCCAGCUCACAUGUUCAAACACAGGAUAGGGGUGUAAAAAUUUACUACUAAUACC